UGUGCGCGCAAGUGCGUUUUUCCUAACAGCCAGCAGGUGUCACUUCUGUUGUGUUUGGGAUUCCGGGGGAGACGGGCAGAGUUUAGGUGAGACAUGGAAACCCGGACAAAUGCAUAGGCACGGGAAGGAAACAAGGGAGUAAUUGUUUCGUUUGGUUUCGUGUCUUAUUUCUCUUUGCUUCACCUAGAUAGCCCUAAAUAAGAUCCAAGUUCAUACCUGGACAGGGAGCGGCUUCGUUGGGAGGAGCAACGGUCAGAGGAGUGAUAAACAUUAUUGAAAGAUAACUUCACCUGCUGUGGGAAGGUCGGCAAAAAACAACCUAACAGCAAAAUCUGACACACAAAAUCAGGAACCUGAAAAUAUCGGGAAACAUGGCGACCGGUCAAGCAUCUGUCUAAACCAGGGCUUAACUUUAAAUGGGAAUUAUUUUUAAUCUGAUUUGAGGGAGUUAUUCGUGUGUUUGUGUAACCUGAAGGGGUGCUCAGGUGGAAACGAUGUCAGUGAAUGAGCUCUACACCAAGUACACAAGGGUGUGGAUCCCUGACCCUGAAGAAGUUUGGAAGGCAGCUGAAAUUAUCAAGGACUAUAAGGAGGGAGAUCCGAUUCUACAUCUCAAAUUGGAAGAUGAGUCGACUAUUGAAUAUGCCAUUAACCCAAAGACCAACCAGCUGCCGUUCCUCCGAAACCCGGAUAUCCUGGUGGGGGAGAAUGACCUGACAGCGCUAAGUUACCUCCAUGAACCUGCAGUCCUUCACAACCUGAAGGUGCGCUUUCUGGAGUCCAAUCACAUCUACACAUACUGUGGAAUUGUGCUGGUUGCCAUUAACCCGUAUGAACAGAUGUCCAUCUAUGGAGAAGAUGUCAUUUACGCUUACAGUGGGCAGAACAUGGGUGACAUGGAUCCCCACAUCUUCGCAGUGGCAGAGGAGGCUUACAAGCAAAUGGCCAGAGAUGAGAAGAACCAGUCCAUUAUUGUGAGUGGGGAGUCUGGGGCAGGGAAGACGGUGUCUGCAAAAUACGCCAUGCGUUACUUCGCUACAGUCGGUGGGUCAGCCAGCGAGACCAACGUAGAGGAGAAGGUGCUGGCGUCCAGUCCAAUUAUGGAGGCCAUUGGAAACGCCAAAACGACAAGAAAUGACAACAGCAGCCGCUUUGGAAAAUAUAUCGAGAUUGGCUUCGAUCGCCACUUUCACAUCAUCGGUGCCAACAUGAGAACUUAUCUUCUGGAAAAGUCAAGAGUUGUCUUCCAGGCAGAAGAAGAGAGAAAUUACCAUAUAUUCUACCAGCUGUGUGCCUCCGCCAAGCUACCUGAGUUUAAGGACCUAGCCCUGAAUAGUGCAGAGGACUUCUUCUACACCACCCAGGGUGGUAACAUCUACAUCGAUGGGGUUGACGAUGCCGAGGACUUUGAAAAGACAAGACAUGCUUUCACAUUGCUAGGUGUCAAGGAAGCUCAUCAAAUUAGCAUAUUUAAGAUAAUCGCAUCAAUCCUCCAUCUGGGAAAUGUUGAAGUCCGUGCAGAAAGAGACGGGGAUUCGUGCAGUAUCUCAAAAGAAGACGACCAUCUCAACCACUUUUGCGAGUUGCUGGGAGUAGAGCACGACCAGAUGGAGCACUGGCUGUGCCACCGCAAGCUGGUGACUACAGCAGAAACUUACGUCAAGACCAUGUCCAUGCAGCAGGCGGUCAAUGCCAGGAACGCUCUUGCCAAACAUAUCUACGCCCAGCUCUUCAAAUGGAUUGUGGAGCACAUUAACAAAGCCCUUCACACCACCAGCAAGCAGCACUCCUUCAUUGGAGUGCUGGAUAUAUACGGGUUUGAGACUUUCGAAUUCAACAGUUUUGAGCAGUUUUGCAUCAACUAUGCCAAUGAAAAGCUGCAGCAGCAGUUUAAUUCUCAUGUCUUUAAACUGGAGCAGGAAGAAUACAUGAAGGAACAAAUCCCCUGGACUCUUAUAGAUUUUUGCGACAACCAGCCCUGCAUUGGCCUCAUUGAGGCGAAGCUGGGUGUGCUGGACUUGCUGGAUGAGGAGUGCAAGGUGCCAAAAGGAACUGAUCAGAACUGGGCCCAGAAACUCUAUGACAGGCAUUCUAACAGCCUGCACUUUCAGAAGCCCAGGAUGUCCAACACCUCUUUUAUAAUUAUUCACUUUGCUGAUAAGGUGGAGUACCAGUGUGAUGGUUUUCUAGAGAAAAACCGGGACACAGUGUAUGAAGAACAUAUCAGUAUUCUGAAAGCCAGUAAGUUCCAGCUGGUGGCCGACCUUUUCCACGAUGGCAAAGAUCCUGUUCCCGCCACAUCCACCACAAAGACUUCAAAGAUCAAUGUCCGGUCUGCCAAACAGAUUCCCAAAGCGCCAAAUAAGGACCACAGGAAAACCGUUGGCCAUCAGUUCCGAAACUCACUUAGUUUACUAAUGGAAACACUGAACGCCACAACUCCCCACUACGUACGUUGUAUCAAGCCCAAUGAUGAGAAACUUUCUUUCUCGUUUGAUCCCAGCAGAGCAGUGCAGCAACUGAGAGCCUGUGGUGUGUUGGAGACCAUUCGUAUCAGUGCAGCCGGAUACCCUUCCAGGUGGACAUACGCUGACUUCUUUAACAGAUACAGAGUAUUGAUGAAAAAGAAGGAAAUUGUUCUUUCGGACAAAAAGCUCACCUGCAAGAAUCUGCUGGAGAACCUGGUGAAGGAUCCAGACAAGUUCCAGUUUGGAAGAACCAAGAUCUUCUUUCGCGCUGGUCAGGUUGCUUACCUGGAGAAGCUACGAGCAGAUAAGUUCCGCUUUGCCUGCAUCAUGAUCCAGAAGAGCGUUCGGGGCUGGCUGCAGAAAGUGAAGUACAGGAAGAUCAAGAAGGCCGCCAUGACAAUGCAGAGAUAUGGGCGUGGCUAUCUGGCACGCAGACUGGCGGAUCAGCUUAGGAAGACACGAGCCGCCAUUGUGUUCCAGAAGCAGUACAGGAUGCUGCGUGUCCGCAGGGCCUACCUGAAGAUUCGAAACGCCACGAUUACCAUCCAGGCUUACGCGAGAGGCAUGUCUGUCAGGCAGCUUUACCAUGAGUUCUUGUUGCACCACAAGGCAAUGGUCAUUCAGAAGUAUGCGAGAGGCUGGAUGGAACGAAAGAAGUUCAAGCGUGCCCGAAAUGCAGCCGUCGUGAUCCAGUGUUCCUACCGGCGUCUGCAGGCCCGACGUGAACUGAAGCAGCGAAAGAUAGAGGCGCGCUCAGCUGAGCACUUCAAAAAGCUCAACGUCGGCAUGGAGAACAAGAUAGUGCAGCUACAAAGGAAGGUGGAUGAGCAGAGCAAGGAGUACAAGAGCUUGAAUGAGCAGCUGAGUGUGGCCAACACGGCUUACUCUGUGGAAGUGGAGAAGAUGCGCAAGGAGCUGGAGCAGUACCGAGGCAAGAAGGGUGAAGGGAACCAGAUCAGCAGCCUGCAGGAGGAGGUGCAGAGGCUCCAGACCAAGCUGAAUAAGGCACAGACUGAGAAGAAGCAGCUGGAGGACAUAUACUACACUGAGAAAGAAGAUCUACUAAAGAGAUUGGCAGAUCUCGAGGAAGAGAAUGCACUACUGAAACAUGACAAAGAAGAGAUGAACCAAAGAAUACUGAGUCAGUCUAAAGACUCUGAAGACCAGGUCACCAGCAAGACACUGAAGGAAAGCCAGCAGAAAGCUGAACUGGACGAUGAGAGGGCGCGCUAUCAGAACCUGCUGAAGGAGUAUUCCCGACUUGAGCAAAGAUACGACAACCUCCAGGAGGAGACGUCCCUGGCCAGGUUUCAUCCUGGACACAGGAGAAACCCCUCCAACCAGAGCAGCCUGGGCUCAGACUCCAACUACCCGUCCAUCACCUCUGAGAUCGGAGACACGGAGGACACCCUACAGCAAGUGGAGGAUAUGGGCAUGGAGAAGGCAGCCAUGGACAUAACAGUGUUCCUGAAGCUGCAGAAGAGAGUGAGAGAUCUGGAGCAGGAGAGACGCAGACAACAGAUUGACCUGGAGAAGAUGGAAGAGCUGGUCAAAAGAAAGGGGAAUGAGGACAAGAACACAGCAGAUCCAGACCAUGAUACAGAUUCUGCCUACAACAGCCUAAAGAGACAGGAAUUGGAAUCAGAAAACAAGAAGUUGAAGAAUGAUCUGAAUGAACUGAGGAAAGCCAUUGUGGACAGAGCCACCCAGAACAAUUCCUCCAAUGAACUUCAAGAUAGCUACAACGUGCUGCUCAACCAGCUCAAGUCAGCCAAUGAGGAGCUGGACGUGCGCAAGGAGGAGGUGCUGAACUUGAGAACACAGAUAGUGAGCUGCUCCCAGCAGAAAGAGCCCAUCACACCCAUUGAAACCAAGAAAAUGCCUGACUGGAGCAACAGUAACAAACACAUGAACAGAGAUGAUGCCAUUGAGGCCUAUCAGGGAAUCUGUGAGACUAACAACAAGGCUCAGGACUGGGGCUACUUGAAUGAAGACGGGGAGCUUGGCCUGGCCUAUCAGGGUUUAAAGCAAGUUGCCAGACUCCUGGAAGCCCAGCUGCAGUCUCAGAGCAGGCAGUAUGAAGACGAGAUUGAGGCGCUGCGCACUCAGAUCGAGGUUUUCAGGGACGAGAUCGAGAGGAAGCAGGAGCUGCUCUCCCAGACCCUGCAGCUCUCCCCCGAGGCUCAAGUGGAGUACAGCGUACAGCAGGAGAUCACACGCCUCACCAACGAGAACCUGGACCUGAAAGAGAUGGUAGAGAAGCUGCAGAAGAACGAGAAGAAGCUGAAGAGACAGCUAAAGAUUUACAUGAAGAAGGUUCACGAACUGGAGGCUGCCGAGCCUGCAGUGCAGCCUGAGAGGCGUCGCCAUGAGCUGACUCGGCAGGCGACGGUCCAGAGGAAGGAGAAGGAUUUCGAGGGAAUGUUGGAGUAUUACAAGGAAGACGAGAACCUGCUGGUCAAAAACCUUGUCACAGGUAACAUGUCAUUCUGAACAGCAGCAGUGGCAGAUAGUAUCUUGAACGACCAUCAUUCACUCAAUCAAAGAAGAAGGGUAGACAAAUGCAGCAAAACAUUUUGAUAAUGCCUUCAUCCAUUUUACACAUGUACAGAGACAUCCACUGUUCAACACCAGUGGCAGCAUUGUAAAUCAUUUUUUGAUUAAUGUCACGUUUUAGCAAGAAAAGCCCUUCUUUCCCCUGACGCUACAGUCAAAAGCAGACGUAAGGACAAUACUGAGGUUAGGAUACAGGUCCAGCAAAUGUCCCUGUACAGAUGUAGUUGAGCGUCGCAAGAGGCGAGGAAACGCAUUUAUUUUAUUUGUUUCCAGGUUCAUUCAAACACGCAGCUCUAUGCAUGUGAUAAACUGUACAUGCAUUCACUUCAAGUUUGCAGCACAAACGGCAUGAGUAAGCAAGCUUUGUUUGUAGUAUGU